GCGGCCGGGCAGCGCCGGUGCGGUCUGAGGCUGAGGCGCAGGCGGCAGUGGCCCAGCAGAGCAGUGGCCGCGGGUAGCCGUGUCGGCGUGUCCGACCUCCCUCCGUCUCCUCGCAAGGUUCUUCGACGCGGUUUUGGGUCUAGCGGACACAGCCCCUGGCCAUGGACUCCCAGAAAGAAGCUCUACAAAGGAUCAUUUCAACUCUGGCAAAUAAAAAUGAUGAAAUUCAGAACUUUAUUGAUACACUAAAUCAAACACUAAAAGGAGUUCAGGAAAAUUCUUCUAACAUACUUUCAGAGUUAGAUGAAGAAUUUGAUAGUUUAUACUCCAUAUUGGAUGAGGUAAAAGAAAGUAUGAUUAACAGUAUCAAGCAGGAACAAGCUCGUAAAUCACAGGAGUUACAGAGUCAGCUUAGUCAAUGUAAUAAUGCCCUGGAGAACUCGGAAGAGCUACUAGAAUUUGCAACAAGGUCAUUAGAUAUAAAGGAACCUGAAGAAUUUUCAAAGGCUGCCAGACAGAUCAAGGAUAGAGUGACAAUGGCUUCAGCUUUUCGCCUUUCUUUGAAACCAAAGGUCAGUGACAACAUGACUCAUUUAAUGGUGGAUUUUUCUCAGGAAAGACAGAUAUUGCAAACUUUGAAGUUUUUGCCAGUCCCCAAAGCUCCAGAGAUAGAUCCAGUAGAGUGUUUGGUGGCUGACAAUUCUGUAACAGUAGCUUGGAGAAUGCCAGAAGAAGAUAAUAAGAUUGAUCAUUUUAUACUGGAAUAUAGGAAAACUAAUUUUGAUGGACUUCCACGUGUAAAGGAUGAGCGAUGCUGGGAGAUAAUUGAUAAUAUUAAGGGCACUGAAUAUACACUAUCAGGCCUAAAGUUUGAUUCAAAGUAUAUGAACUUCAGAGUGCGGGCUUGUAACAAGGCUGUGGCUGGAGAGUAUUCUGAUCCAGUGACUCUAGAGACCAAAGCACUUAACUUCAGUUUGGAUAACUCAUCCUCCCAUUUGAACCUGAGAGUUGAAGAUACCUGUGUAGAGUGGGAUCCUACUGGAGGAAAAGGUCAAGACAGCAAAAUUAAAGGAAAAGAGAACAAGGGCAGUGCCCAUGUUACUUCACUGAAGAAACAUACAAGAAGUGGUACACCAUCCCCUAAACGGACAUCCAUAGGCUCCAGGCCACCAGCAGUAAGAGGCAGCAGAGAUCGUUUUACUGGGGAAUCAUAUACAGUGCUGGGAGACACUGCUAUUGAAAGUGGACAACAUUACUGGGAGGUCAAGGCCCAGAAGGAUUGUAAAUCCUACAGUGUGGGAGUAGCAUACAAGACUUUGGGGAAAUUUGACCAAUUAGGAAAGACAAACACUAGUUGGUGUAUCCAUGUCAACAACUGGCUACAAAACACAUUUUCAGCAAAGCAUAAUAAUAAAGUCAAAGCCUUGGAUGUUACUGUUCCUGAAAGAAUAGGUGUAUUUUGUGAUUUUGAUGGGGGUCAGCUUUCUUUCUAUGAUGCAAACUCAAAACAGUUGUUGUAUUCCUUUAAGACAAAAUUUACUCAGCCAGUACUACCUGGUUUCAUGGUUUGGUGUGGUGGACUUUCUUUGAAUACUGGGAUGCAGGUUCCAAGUGCUGUAAGAACACUUCAGAAAAGUGAAAAUGGAAUGACUGGUUCAGCUAGCAGCCUAAACAAUAUUACUCAGUAAUGCCUAUUCAGAAUAUGUUUACCUUCCCUCACCCCUUUUUGAUUGGGUGGCCUUUUCUGUGCAGUCACUAAUCACAGAAAUUUUUGAGUGGUGGAAAUCAGGUUUGCUACAUUCUGCUUUAAGGUGUGGAAUCUGUUAGCAUCAAGCAUCUAGUACGAAGCAUUCACAGGAACCUGCUGAGCAAUAUCAGAGAAGCAAGCAGACAUCGAGCAAGAAACUGAUGUUUUGAAGAGUAAAUGGGAAAAAAAGGCAGUGUUUAAGUAGUUACAUAGAAACUCAUUUUUGUGUUUCUUGGAUUACUUUGGUUCUUCUAAUACAUUUAGUUACAUAUGGUAGCCCUAGGACCUGAGGGAAAAGCAUUUAAAUCUUGUCUUCUUUCCUCUGUACUUUCUCUUUUUUAAUGUCAUCACUACCUGUUAUUUAGUUCUUACACUGAAGCUUGAAAACUAUACAGUCCUCCAUGGUUUUCUAAAAAUGGAAAUAAUUGUUUGGGGGUGCUAGAAACGUUUUCUUACAACAGUUUAUUUUUCCCCUUUUAUAAACAAGCUGAGGUUUGCUAAAUUAUCCUCUUUUGUUUAUUGACUGGAUUGAAUAUCAUUUUCUCUUUUCCAAAUAUUGUGAUAUUUCUCUUAUGGUUAUAACUCAAAAAAGAGAGUGGAUAGGAAGUUUCUAGACAAAAUAGCUUAAAAUCACCCAAAUUUCAGUUUUUUACCUGCUGCAAAGGGAUAUUCUUUAUAUGUUACCCUGUUUAAUUAGACUUUUCUUUCCAUCGUUUUGGAUGAUGGGUAAGAUUUUU